AUUGUUCCAUCUUCCAUCUUCCGCAUUUGAUCCAACAACCAACCUUAAUAUUUUUCCCUCUUAGAAAAAUUUAGCGUGAGGACCAUUAUCACAGCUUGGGUUUUAUCCAUUAAUUUUCAUAGUGUUUAAAUAUUCACUGUGGCUUUCCGGCAUCCUAUCUUAAUUGUCUUAAUACGUUACUUGGGUAGUUCUGGCGACUUGCGGUCUGACAUCUCUGACAUCACAAAUUCUCUCGGCGCUACCAUUCAAGCGACUUCGUGUUUUGCGACGAUUCAUCAGCCGACAUGGUUUUUUCAUAACUACGGAAAUCGUAGACAUUAACUGAGGUUACCAUCCUAUACUCAUUCCGAUACAGCCUUGGCUAGCUGCGAUGCCACCCCAAUACUCGUCCGCCCUCCACCCCGGCGCACGAGAUUCCCUUGAACUCGCCUCAUUGGCAUCAUCGGAUCCCGGCCACGAUACCUACUCAGAAACCGAUUCUAGACCAUCGAUAUCCUCAUCACGAAAACUUUCCAUCGAACAAGACGAUCCAUUAGAUAACAAUAAUCUCGCAAGCCGUUCUAAUUACGUGUCAGGACAUAGUAGGACUUACUCUGUCACAUCUAAUUUUGACUAUGCUGCGAAUCUAUUCCCACUUUCCUCCUCCAACGCUCCCGGGUAUGCUCCGCUAGGUGCACCUACAUCAGCCGCGCAACGUCAUGGCGGAUUAGGAGGCCCCUCUCUAGAAAAACAUAAAACCCUGACGUAUCUUAAUGGGCUAGGUCUGAUAGUUGGCUUGAUAAUCGGUUCGGGUAUCUUCUCAUCCCCUAGCCAAGUCAACGUCAAUGUCGGAUCGCCCGGCGCAUCAUUGAUAGUAUGGGCGAUAUCGGGUUUCCUCGCAUGGACCGGCGCCGCAAGUUAUGCAGAACUUGGUGGUGCCAUCCCCCUCAACGGAGGUGCGCAAGCGUAUUUAUCUAAGAUUAUGGGCGAAUUGGCUGGUUUUCUUUUCACUUGGGUCGCGGUACUCGUCCUUAAGCCUGGUAGUGCCGCCAUCAUCGCGAUCAUCAUGGGCGAAUACCUUGUACGCGCUUUCAUCGGGGCCGAAGCCGAGACUGUUAAUCCUUGGAUCAACAAGUGUGUGGGUCUGGUUGGGUUAUUCAUGGUGACCUUUUUAAAUUGCGUUUCGACGAAACUCGGGACCCGCGUGAACGAUACCCUCAUGUUCUUGAAGUUCAUCGCUUUAAUUGGAGUUACAAUUGUUGGAAUUGUGGUGGCCCUUACUGGAUUUUCCUCAUCUGGGACGGCCAACAUGGAUUGGAAGAACCAUGCUUGGUUUGAGGGCACGAGCAAAGACGGAAGUCAUUGGGCCGUCGCCUUAUACGCUGGGCUUUGGGCUUUUGACGGUUGGGACAACACGAACUACGUUGUGGGCGAGUUUCGCAAUCCGUCGAGAGAUCUUCCACGUGUAAUCCACACGGCGAUGCCACUCGUAAUUAUCUGCUAUCUUCUCGCCAACUUCUCGUACUUCCUUGUCUUACCCCUAGAUGUCCUCAACUCAACCAAUACGGUCGCCGUUAUGUUCGGCAACAAGGUAUUUGGUCCAAUUGGUGCGCUUAUUUUUGCUCUUAUCGUCAGCGCCUCCUGUUUCGGUGCGCUCAACUCAGCCACUUUCACAAGUAGCCGACUUGUAUACGCUGCCGCCAAGGAGGGUUAUGUUCCGGCCAUUAUAAGCCGUGUAGGUAUCGGCUCUCGUGAGCCUGGAAUGGCAACUAUGAGAACCAGGAAUUGGUUUUCUAAGCGAUUACAUAACAUGAUUGGUGACGAGGAUACGGGACUCUUCUUUACCCCGAUAUAUGCGCUGGCAUUGAACGGCGUUCUAACGGCUGUCUAUGUAAUUGUUGGCGAAUUCGGGGAGUUGGUUACGUUCUACGGCGUAGCGGGAUACUCCUUCUAUUUUCUCACAGUCCUGGGGCUUAUUAUUUUACGAGUUAAGGAGCCACAUCUGGAAAGGCCAUAUAAAACUUGGAUCACGACUCCAAUCAUCUUCUGCUGCGUGAGCUUAUUCCUACUAAGCCGCGCUGUCUUCGCCCAACCCCUAAAAACGCUCAUCGUCGUAACAUUUGUUCUUUCCGGAAUCCCGAUAUUCUUCUGGAGGAUACAAGGUCGGGAUCAGGUCUCCAAGCGGGAGACAAGCUCAGGUGAUAGGUCACGAGGAUGGAAGUUUUGGAAACGAUGGCGGAAAUGAAGAUGACGAUACGAAUACCUACUUACUGACCCCUUGUUUGGGGUGGUGUUUUCAAUACACCUUGUGCAAUUGAGCAUAGCAAGCAUUCUGAAUGAGCAUCGGAUCAAGCGGAGUACAAGGAGUCAUACAAUCAUGUUGAUUCUAGCUGGUGGCAUUAGUAGAUAGCAUAGAUGGCGCAGACACAUACAUGCCUUGCAGUGUAAUACAUACCAAUGAAUAAAUAUUACGUUAAAACGCCUG